AAGCGGGCGAGCAACCGGCACAAGCAGUCAAGCACCGCCGCCACACUGCCAUAACUUAUAGUACCAGUGGCCGUAGCAGCAUUGGUAAAGCGCAGUGCUUCGUUACGACAGAUCGUCUACGGCCGCCGCCUUGGCAGCAUCGGUGACAGCAGCGACGGCCCGGUAGCUGUAGACGCCGCCAGGCAGAUCGUCAACGCAAGGCAAGAGGCAGGAUAACGCGUGCUGCUAGCAAGUCACCCAGCUAGAGUACAAGCUUUGUUCAGCUAGCCAACGCGGCACUCGCUACUUCGCGGAGCAGCUAAACGAAGCUGCUAGGUCUGAUACUGCUGUAACCGCUACAUUCACUGUACUUGUUCUAGCUAGACAGGGCGGCAGCAGUAGCAGCCGCCAAGCUGCUGGUUAACAACCGUAUUCAUACGCAACGGUACGAGAGAGUGGGAUGAAACAGGGUAUUGUUUCAUAGUGCGAUACGAACUGCUAGGAUCGGUUAGUUCGAUAAAUGUUACUCUUGUCAGCAGCGCGUGGAUCGCCAAAAGUCGUAACAAAAGUUGACGGAGUAAGUGCGCGUGUGGUCAGCAGUGAGGAAGGAGCACACUUCAGCUCGUUAACGAACGAUCGAUUGAUAGAUACAUCAGUUGUUGUGUAGAAAUGUGUCUGUGUGUGUGUGCGCGUACAAAACUAUCGGAUACGUAUUAUCUUGUUAGCUCUUACUAAGCGUCUUAUUAGCAAGCAUCAAUCAGCGAGCGACGGUCAGAAGAGCGAAAGCAUUCGGCCUGCCAGCAGAGCAAGCGUGACCCAUUCAACACGCAGGAUAACAACCAGAUGCGUCGUCAGAAGUGUGAGAAGGAAGAGAUCGCGAAACUCUAGUAAUACGCGAGUUAUUACCGUUUCUGUUCACGAUCAUUCGGAUGUAGUGUUGCGGCAAUUUACUCACGUUCGCCACUAAUGCGCGCAAUGAUGCCGAUGGUGAGAAGACUUCAACGCCGCCGCGCCACGCUUUUGGAUUGAUUUGUUUUACAUUGUCAUCAGAGUUCAGUGAAAUGAACCGAACUUCACUUUGGGCAGCGGUCGCGAAUGUUGUUUAGCUCGCGCUGCAUGUGUGCUUGUGCGUGUGAAGGAACGCUCGCGAAAGCUACUGCCAUCGCUGAGGAACUAGUUGUCUUCGAGCAGAAGCUGCUUGAGGAGAGCAAUAAGAAGGGAAGGAGCGAGUCAGUUCGAUUAAACGAAUUAACAAGGAAGUAUUUUACGAGGUCCCGUAGUCUUUUGUGCCGUGUACUGUGAAAGUGGUGCGUCAGGGUGGAGCGCGUUGCCUCCGCGGCAUCGUGUCGGGAUCGACGACGGGCAGUUCGACUAGAGCAGACGGACAGCGGUCAGAAUAAAUGUCACUUACUUAUUGCCAUUAUUAGAACAGACAACGAAAGCGCAAACGACAAUAAACGAGAAAGAAGACUGAUAUCUCGUACGACAGCAAUCGCGACGGCAGCGGCGUUCAUAGCAAUCAUAACGCUACGACACGAACACGCUGUCAAUAUGCAGCCCGUAGUGACGUCACCGCCUUCGAAGAAGAAAGGCAAGUACGAUAUUACAUUCAAGCUAAAAGUCAUCCAAUGGGCGGAGAAACACUCGAACAGAGCUGCCGGGUCGAAGUUCGGCCUAAACGAAAGCACGAUCAGAGGUUGGCGAAAGUCGUCAGUUGCGAACAGUCUCGAAGCACUGAGUGCGGAUUUCUCGCGCGGGGUGUUAUCUCUCCAUCAGCCUCUACAUGAUGACACCCACCUCAACAGCCACCAUCAUCCGGCAACAAACGGCAGCAACAGCCUGAGUGUCACCCUCGGCGGCGGAGCUGAUACUGGCAGCGGAGCUGGCGGUCGUGCAAAGCUUCACGAUGCUCUACGGAGCGGACGAAGACCGCUCAGCAGCGCGUCAACACACAUGUCCGCAAUGGCUGGCAUGUCGGGCGCCGAAUCGGGUGGGGAAUCACCGCCCCGAUCACUCAAUAUGGACGAGCGUGAGCUAGCUCGAUUGAGCUGCUCCCCGUCAGAUGACGGAUACUAUGAGGACGUGAGCUAUUAUCAGGAAGAGGUUGUUGACGACGAGAUGGCGGACCCUCAUCACAGUCAGCAACAGCUGCAUCACAGUCAUCAUCAAACUUACCCUCAUUUGAAUCAUCAUCAUGCCCAACAACAACAGCAGCAACAUCCGCCUCCUCAACAGUCCCAUCACUCAAGCGGCCAACAAUCGCUGCAGCGACAGCAGCACCAGCAGGAGCAGAAGCAGCAGCAGCAGCAGCAGCAGCAGCAGCAGCAACAGCAGCAGCAGCAGCAGCAGCAACAACAACGACAACAGCAGCAACAACAACAACCACAACCACAACAACAGCAGACGAGCAGUCCAUCACCCCCGCCGACACCUUCGCCACCACCAGCGUCCCCGGCGUUGCCGCCAGCGCCCGUCCUCAAGACGAUCUCACACCAAGUGACGUCGAAGCCCUUCCCAGAAAUUCAGUUGCCCUUCACGGUAAUCGUAUGCAAAUCAGUCCGAGACCACUGGCUGCAGCGAUACGCUAGUCAGCUACCGGCGAGACCAGUCACGGAGCAGGAUUCGUUUGCAAAACAGCUCGGGUUAGAACGACGUUAAUGGCGGCGGGUGACACAAACAGCGUUUGCGCGCAGGCUCGAGCGUUUGUGGUAUAAAGAAUAAUAAUAUUAAUAAUAAUAUUCUUCUACCUUAUAUUGUACUAUAAUUAAUAUUACCCUACAAUGCUGUAUGCAGCUUAUUUGUGUACAAUGACCACCAUGUCUAUACUAUAGAGGCCAUUUAUACGAUUUUACAUUAUUGUGCUUGAGAUGCUGCGAGGACUGCGAAAACUGCUGUGGAUUCGUGGGCGUACAACGACUGUUUACACUGUAAUUUUGCCUGGCUUGAAAUCUUCUUCUACAACUAUCUGUACUACUACUCUACAUAGUGGGCAGUCAGUACAGACAGAGCCAAAGUUUCUCCGCGUGGAAGGACAUGAUGCGCAGUGUAACUUAAUUUCUCUUAAAAGCACCAAGAGGCAUAGACAAUCUUCAUUAGGUUAAUGAUUAAAACCAACAGAAAAAAUUGUGUCGAUAACAACAUCGCCUGCGUCUACGAGAGCGAGUACAAAGACAUGUCAUUAAAACACGGAGCUGCGACGACAAAAUAGCCAAAACUUAAAGGCCAAAGGCUGGCGAUGGUGGCUACUAGAGCGGCUGGAGCAUUGAAACUCGGCGGCGGCGGCAGCGGCGGCGGCGGCAUCAGCUUAAGGAGAAGUAGAUGCUUCUUCGCUGUUCGUUCCCUUGCUAGCGUUUACUGCCGCCCUGGCUGCUGCUGCUUCUGCUGGUACCACUGCUCAAAGACCGCACCCGCUCAACCGCGUCGCUCGCCCAACCGAAGACUGUACUUGUGUGAAAGUGUGCAUGUGUAUGUGUAUUGUGCGCUCCAAAACCUCAUCAUCGGCUGCUGUGACCCGACUGGCUGCAGAAGUAAUCGGCACCAGCAGCAAAAAGCAGCGGAUCGACGACUUCGUUGGCCAGCAAGCGUCUUCAACAGCCCACCAACAAUUACAGCAUCCCGAUGGAAAUAGCCCGAGAACUUGUCUCGGGUUGACUGUGCAUAGUAGUCUCUUCGUAUAGUGCAUAUUUAAUACGUUGCAUCAUGACGAUGCAUGGGAGGAAGAUGUACUAUUCCUGUAUUAUAUAGGCAUCAAUCGCAAUAGGGUACGAUAAUGACGACGAUAAUGAUCUUGACGACGGUGUCGAUUGUCCUCCGGCGGAUGGAUACUACCCUUUUCACCGCACAACCCAUAUCUUUGUAUAUACAGGCAAACAUACAUCUUGAUACUGUAAAUCACUGUCUCUCUUUACGUGUGUAUGUGUUACGUGGAGUGUGCCUGGAUGCCUGAUGCCCAUCGUGGUUAUUUUCUAAGUAUGUUUUUUUAGUUUUUUCGUCUGUGUAAGUGCUGAUCUCCGUCGCAUGAUGAUGAGAACGGCGAAAUUUCUAUUUAUUAUUAUAACAACGGGCGCCACGGAUACGAUAACGCGUCAAGUAAAAUUGUUUUUCAUACGAUUUUGAUUGCUGUGUGAGGACAGUCCUAUAUGUCAUUUCAGUUCAAUGCCCCCUUUCCUUCUACGUCACCACCUACGAUUUUCUCCAGAUAUGCGCCUUUUUUCAUUUCGAUUGCGUUGUGUGUGUGUAGGUGUUACUGCGCUUGUGCGCGAAGCAACGUCUGGAUAUGCACAGAUCCAUUUCUGUAGGAUUUGUUUACUCGAGCUAUCUAUAUAAUAAUAAUACUGGUGCCGUCUGGUGGCAGGUUUGCCGUAAAACUGCCUUCGAUUGCUCCAUUAUUGUUCUUGGCAUCCUGUGAGCGUUAGCUAUUUACAACUAAUGGCGUUAAGCAUAUCGCGCUAGCGGUGCUCUUACUAUGUCGGCCACACCGAGUCUCAGCCUGCUGUAACGUAGCCUGUUGUCAGCUGUCAAGCUUGCCAUAGCGGCGUAGUGGUAUUAGAUAGCCUUCUUCUUGCUAGUACUGCCUAAACAACACACAGAGAGACAGAUAGGUCGAAACACAUAUUGGCAGCAGUAGAAUUGUCGUUGGCUGAUCAGCCUCAGCACCUUCAAGUAACAGCGCCAGGAGUUGCCGUAGCUGAAGUAGUAGCUUUUGCUUUGCGCGAAGGGCAAAAGUGGCGGCGCGAAAGGCAGUGCCACCACAAUCGCCGUUUGUAAUACCUACUCUGACGGCCGCAGGACCAGCGUCAGGGUGGCCGCAAUGACCGCUACCUCCCAUUCUGCUGCAUUGUACUGUUUUUGCCGAACCUUUGUGUAGGACUCUCCUGUCGCUCAUUGAAAAUGCAGCCAGUUUUGGUCUAUUUGCUACUCAUCUUUUCUUUUUUGUAUCUUACGUUUGGUGGUGGUACUUUUGCCUCGCGGAACCUCUCUGAGUUCAAUUCGGCUGACGCCGAUCCGUGAGUCGUUAAUUGUUCUAUUGAGGGUAAAGAAUGCAAGAGUUGAAAACAGUAGGACAAGAUGGCUGCCGUGUGCUUUCGUACUGUUGGGUUGUUAUCCGCCAGCGUAAAGAGAGAACGCGCAGUAAGUCAGGUGGCAGCAAACGGACAUCAGGCAGAGGUCGUGGCGUUGGCGACGCCAACGACACCGGGAUGCUACCGUACGACUGGCUCACGCUAUAUUAGGUAGCUAAGCGCCACGCCAUGGCCGCUGGCAUCAUAACACCGCCUCCCCAGCUCUGUCGACGCUUGGACACGUAAUGUUCAACUAGCGGCCACGCGAUCUAGCUAAUUUGCUGUCUUUGCACCAAACUCACACCCAAAUAUCAUCAGCCACGAUCAGCUGAUGGGAACUGCGAGAAGAGCUUUGUUCUGUCCAGUUCCCAGUUUAAGGCCUCUUAGUGACAACGAUGGCCGCACAUCUUAGCUUGCAGCUUUGUUCUGGUGGGGCGUAAGCGUUGUGUGUUGCUCAUCGCGAAACCAAUCACGCUCGCAAGUAAACUGUAACUAAGAAGAGUCGACAAUAAACGGCGAGUGCAUUCUCUCUGGAUUUAACUGACGGACUGUUUAGCUGCCUUGUGUUGCCCGCCGCACUGUUCGUAUAGGCGGUUUCAUAGAGUUACGCAUAUCCGCUGUGUUCCUUUCUGUAUAAAUUCUGAAUGCGCGUACGGACUACGCAGGUUUUAGCUAGUAACGGUAGCAACGGUAAAAUUGUUUGGCUUUUGCCACGCACUUGGCGAGGCCGUUCCUCUUAAGCUGAGGUGUGUGUGUCUGUGUAGCGGGGAGACUGGGUGCAUGAUGGCAUUUAGCCUACCAUUCCCAGUACUCCAGAUGUACGCCUUAACAUCCUACAACAAACCUGGCUGAUACGAGAACUUUAUUGUGGACUGUUGCUGAUUGAUCCGUAUUCACUUCGCCUUCACCACUCUGUGCGACAAAUUCCUAAUAAAUAGCUAGUCUUUUUUUUAAAAGAUUUAAAGGGCCGAACUAUGCAACUCAGCCGUGAUAUGAUGCAACAAUCUAUAAUACUUAACCACUGUUAGAUAUCAUUCACAGUUUGCCUUAUGCAAUUCGUCCAGUAAUUUACCACAACAGCUGCCACGGGGAAACUUUUUCGUGAAGGCGCAAAUUUAAGUAAACACACACAUAUGGACGCACUAAUGAAGUGCCGUUCUCUUACCUUCCUUUUUUUCCUCACUGUUGCCCACAUAUCUUCAUCUCUAUUUUUACGUCACGCCAAUUUUCCGCAUUAUUCGCUCAUGUUAUUUUCCGAAUUUCCGGAUAUCUUCUCUCUCUAGCAGUAGCAGUGGCAGCAACGUGAUUCGUUUGUAAUUCAUGGCCAAUAAAGGAACAGUAGAUAGGGCUCCGGUACCGGAAAUCUUGGUUUUCGCCCAGCGUGAACACUAUUCCCACACGUGUUGAGCACCGCCAGCAUUAGGAUUACCGAGUUUGAGGCGCCGGAUUAGCCAGACGUGGACUGCAGAGGCAACCGUCGGCCAGCCAGCAUGGCGGAGACUUCUACUUGACAACAGCAGAGGCUAAUUUUCCGCGAAUGGCGGUAACAUCGAAUAGCCACUGCAGCAGCAGUAGUCACCAAAUAAACCAAAGCUCCGCGUACGUCGAUGUCGGUUCAGCUAUUCCUUGUUGUUGCCACGUCGCUUUCAGUGCUGCAACUCCAUUUAAAACCCGGUUGCAGCUGUCGACGCCAGCGACGUUACUGGCAUACGAACGGUUAAGCUGACGCCAAUGCGUGUGUUACUUCAGUAAGUCAAGUGAUACCCGUAGUUCUAACCGCAGUAUAAUUGAUUUGUUAUCAUGUCCUAUGUGACGGCCAGUGGGCCUGUGAAAACUGUUGUCCACAUUUCCCUGUUUGUGUAUCUGUCGAGGUACUAGCUUAGUAUGUUUUGGUGUUGUAUUCCUGUGACGCUACGGCAGUGAAGCCCGACACAGCCUACGAUUUCUCAUUGAAUUGUGAUUUGAGCGUUGCUCAACGUUGAUAUCAGCCUGCGCGAAACGCCGCCUCCGUCAUCGCCAGUGCCGGUAGCCCCAUUUCGAUGGAUAUUCAUCUUCUACCCAAAUAAUCGUUUGAGAUAGCAAAACAAAUAGUCGGGUUUACCCAGCUGUUUACCGAAAAACACAUUAAAAAAGUCAUUUGUGGAAUAAUAAUAAUAAUAAUGCCAUACUUCUAGCAUUUCAAACUUGUGUUUGUGCUGACUUUUUACGUGUUUUUCUCAAACAUUGUAACUUCUAAACAAAAAAAGCCAAAAAAAUACAGGGUGCAAGCAAACGAACUUCAACUUGCGCCCGUGACCGCUCAAACAAGUUGUGAUGUUAGAGAUGUGACAAUGCAAUGUGUAUCACACAGAAUCCUGAGAACCACUUACAUAGGACUACUCAUUAUUAUUAUUAUUAUUCUACAGAUGCUAAUGAUAAUGGGUUCUAUAAAACAACUGUGUUUGUAAUUAUAAUGUUUUUUUUUUUAUUGUGAGUCCUGUAUUUAAAAAGCAGCGAUGUAAAAAGGCGUAAAGCCUAUAGGAAGAACAAACGAAAACAAGGUGAUUCUUAGUCUGUUACGUUUUUCUUUUUAAUAUUUAAACAAUAUAGCAAGAUACCGUUGUAUGAGCGUAAUACCUUGCUAAUUCGUUUGAUUUUUCAUAGUCUUUGUUUUCAUAUCUAUCUCUACAGUGGAACGACGUUAUGCUAAGUUGAUGAAUAUGAUUUAUGUUGAUCUCCUUAGAUCGCUUUCGAUAGCUUCGUUUGUGGCUGUUUAUUUGAUCCUGCCUUUGAUAUUGGUACAACGAAACUGUGCCAUAUAACACUAUGUUACACACGCUCAUUUAAAUCAGCUAGCCCUUUGAAGCUGGAAGAGUGCAGCUUUAAAAUAUUAUUAUCAACCACUUUAUCCAAUCCUUUCCACAGUCUAUUCUGUCCUGGCUGACGCAGCGACGUCGGCCUAGUAAUUUACUAAAGUGUCGUUGAAUUCUGUAUUUAUCGCCUUCACGCAGUCACAUAAACUAAACAGGUAUACCUAUAUCGCUUACGGUCGAGCAUGAUUUUCAGCGAUUCCAUGAUAGCUUAGCGGGUAACGUAUUUGCCUGCUAAUCACACACAUGGUGGUCUAGGUUCAAACCUAGUUCGACAUAAACAGGAAUAAACAGACGGUACGUUUCGUGUUGGGAGCCAGCUAUCUGAUGGAAUGCCUAACAGCGAUACCGGACGAAAAACUCGAUACGUAGAGGACAUAGUUCUGCCACAUUUAAUACUAGGCUGCCCUGCAUGAGAUAUGCUUUUCCGCAGCCCGCUGCUCUCUACUGCUGGCACUAGAACGAAACAGCAAGGCAGUGCUGAUGCUUUCUUGUUGAUGAGUCGCGUUCGUUUAACGUUCCGUCUAUACGAUUGUCGUAGUGAAGUCUGCUCAAACGACUAUGGAGCGGAUACACAAGGCACUAGUCGUGGCCUGCUUUUGCGCAAGUUGUUCACGCGGCAGGGCCGACGGCGAAGGCAAAACAUAUCGCAACUGCUUUAGACAAUAUUAAGUGGCCUGUCUCUCCCUUUGCUGCUUCUGCUGUUGUCCGGAAGAUGCGAAAACGAUAGAAUUUUUGAUUAGGCGAUUGGUUUGUGAGGUGAAGUAACGGCGAACUUUUCGAGCGCCGUAAUUAUGGCAGUUACCUGGAUCUGUGGUAUUUGAGGCAUGUGAGCCACAAUAAUUACUGGUGCAGUUUGCUGCUGAUGCACGAUAGUAGCGAUAGACCAAUUUUCUAUUUUUUCAAAAGAAUUUGAUUAAAAAAAUGUCACCUGCCAUAUACUGAUAGAACUGACAUUAUGCUAAUACAGUGAACAAGAGUGGACCGAAUGUGACUUUUGACAUUUUUUUUCCUUGGGAAGUUAAGUAAUAAUAGGUAGAUGAAAAAAAAAAACGUGUACAGAGGGCGCAUAAAUGAAUGCUAGAAUUGUCAAAUUGGGAAUUUCGUUGUGUAUUAACCUAAAAUUUUCCGCCUGUCCCUGUCGCCUUCUACUUUUACAUUUUUACAUUGCUUUCCAGUUACAACGACGGUUAUGAUUCUGAUGACAGUCACGACGAUUGACAACAAGCGGCCGUUGUCUAACGUAGUGUCAUUGUUAUUGUGGUCACUAUAAAUUGUGAGGUUGUGUAAUGUUCAUGGGAUGCUCUACAUUUAAAUAAAUAGGCCCUAUGGCGAGUGAGCAGUAGCUGACGAAACAGCCUAAAAUCUUAUUUGUGACAUUUAGUUCUACAUCUCGAUCUAUCCGCAAGAUUUACUUACUGGAAAAGUUACACAAUUUCUGCCUAAUGUGAUGACGCUCCCUGUUCCGAUACGCAGGCCAAGGUAAGCUAAACGCUGGGGCUACUUAUACGCUGCUAAAUUUAAGAAUGUAAGUGCACCAUUCAGCGUUGUAGGACAGGCGAUAUCGAUACGGUGGUUUUUUUUUCGCAAGGUCAGACAAAAUUGUUUGCGUAUAGCCCUAUUCUCCUACUGUCUUCCCCCCUCCAUCUUUUAUAGAAUAGAUUUGUCUAACUCUACUUGCGAGACUCUCAAGACGCUAAAUAGAUCUAUUAUAUACCGAAAACAGUAAAAGCUGGUUAAGUUUAAUAUAAAUAAAAAGUAUUUAUUCACGGGGGCAUACAACUCCUGUUUAGCUCAACAUGCCAUCACGCCCCUCCCGAAAAAGCAAGGCGAGAGAGAGAGAGAGAGAGAGAGAGAGAGAAGUAAAAACGGAUCUGGGUUUAUCGAUAUUCACCAGAUUCCAGGACAGAUUGCAGUAUUGAAAAGUUUCGCUAACCGAAACUUACAAUAACAGCCGCAAUUAUCGCAACAAUGUCACUAUAAUAAAUAUUAUCGCUAUUAGAGUAAUUAGUAAUGCUAGUUUGUACAACAUUAUCCAACUUGAGCGUCAAGCGCAGAAAAUUCAAUCUAUGAUUUACAUCACUCGUGAUCACUAACGGGCAGUGCUCGAUAUAGAAAUACCCUACGCAACGACAUACUAAUCAUUCGGUACUGUCACCGUAUGAUAAAAAUGAUGAUAAUGAUGACAUUAACGAGGCCUACGACGAUAAUCAUGUAUAUAGCAUGUUGGAUAUUCGAAUAACGAUUAAUUCUUCUAUUUCCCUCAAUCUAUUUCAAAACCUUAGACACAGCAAAAGAGAAUGAGGGAUCGGCCAUCGAACUUCUCGCAGAGCACCGCUGAAGUUGCGUGCGCACUUUCUUCGAAUUUUUCUGUCAACAUCUGUAAACUGUUGGGUUCGUUAGCGGGUAGCGUUAAUGCAGUGGAAGUGGCGAGCGCAGAUUCAAACGAGCUGUACGAAAUUUCACAGAAAAUUUGCGAGAGUUACCUCAUGCAUAGAAAGUUAGAGAAAUGGACGAGAUGGAAACCGUCACAGUUACGGAACCGUUAAUGAAACGGAGUUAGCCGCUAAAGAGGUAGAAAGCUGAGAGACGCGUAAGCUCAGGUUCGCGCAGAGAAGGUUUAGUUGUGGCGGAUUUUUGCUGACCUAUGUAGCCGUAGCAGUAGCAACGGUUGGUGCGACGGAUGUACACGUGACAAAGCAUAUAACGGAGCGAUAAUACACAAUCGUCGAUGAUGAAUGAAAAUGAUGCUAAUGCUCAAACGGUAUGGUGAUGGCAAGUUUAGUAAAAGCAAUUUAGGUUGGGGAUGGGACAAAGCGAGAUUAACGCUGAGAAACACAAUUGACUUCGAAGAUUGAGGAGCGAGUGCAGGCAUGACCACUAACUGUAAUGCUAGUAUUUUCGCUCAAGGUGGGGCCGACAUGAGAUUUUAGGGUUUGGUCACGUUACGAGCACGAAAGACGGCUUGACUAAAGAGGUGGCAAAACAUUUCAUGGUUUCAAUUUUUAGCGUAUGUGAUAAGUAAUCGUAUAUCAAUAUUUCUCCCCUAUAUAUACAUGUUGUUAAAGAAACACGAAUAUCGGCCGGCAAACAUAUAAUACCCCUAAAAAUUGUCCCCAAAAAAAAGAUGUUUCGCUAAUAGUGGUUUCAAUAAUUAUUCAUGCAUUGUUUUUCUCUCGUUAGCUGUCAACCGUGGUAGAAAUAUCAACUUUAGUUUCUAAUCGCGGCCUAAACAUGGAAGCACAAAACACGACAAGUACAUACCAAAAUCUGCGGGGGCCUACCACAAGGAAAAAUGCAGAUCGAACUAAUUGCCCUGAAAAAAACUAUGGGAGAGUCGUGCGUACUACGAGUGCUACUUUAUAAUAACAACAACAACAACAACUAUUUUAUAGCAACAAAUUGUGUGUGAUUAAUAUUGUUUGAAGAUACAUGGAGCGGAUGGAUAACACCUGUAUAUGUAAGAUAAGUGUGAAUAAGGCCGAUGAACGAAUGAUCGUAGAAGACCAUAAAAUUAAAAAAUUAGCACCUUGAAUGAAUCAGAGAGUGAAUGUGUUUAAGCAUUCUUCAAGCUAUCUCACAACUUUUUUUUUUUUUUUUAUAGCUGGAGUCGACAAUUAUAAAAGGAAUUACUUAGACAAUUUUUCAUUCCUAUUGCAAUUACUGUGACACUCAGCUUGAUUUAAUAUUAAAUAACUGAAAAAUUGAACAAAGUAUGAUCACAGAAAUGUUACACUGUACGGUACCUCGAUGCAUAUGAAAUUCACUAUGGCAACGGUGCAUAUUCAAAAUCGAAUCUUGUGUUUCGUUACAUAACAAUAUUAUAGAAUACGAAAAAUCCUGUUAUCGAUUAAAUCUGGAAGGACGUAGCCAUCACAAAAAAAUGGAAGUGUAAAAAACAAAUUGCAAACGUGUCAUUUAUUAUGUGCAGUGAGGAAGCGUACGUUGAUGAAGCAGUGUUCAUAAUGAUUGUACCGAAACGGGGCUGCUGGAAGAACGUUGAUAGUAUUCUAUAGUGUCGCUGGAAGAUAUUUAAUAAAUAAGUUAAAUCUAUGCCUCGCAAAAGUUAACCAACGAAAUGAAGUGCCUGCCGAUUGAUAGUAAUAAUCAUCAUAACGAUUAGUGGACGAUUUUACGUGGUUACUGGGUAACACGAAAGAGAUGACGGGAUAAAACCAUGGCAAUUUUUACGUGAGUGUGUAUAGUGUGUGUGUGUGUGUGUGUGUGUGUGUGUGCGUGCGUGCGUGCGUGCUUAGGAGUGUCUAGGGACGAAAACAGAACGAGUAGAUGCCAGAACAAAUGGCACAUAUUUAUUAAUUGAUGGAAAUUUAUGGAUAAGAAAUAUUAAGAGCUGUCGUCGCGUAGGGUUGAUGCGUGUGUAUGUGUGUGUCUGUGUGUGUGUGUGAGCGUGUGUAACAGGUGACAAUAAUGAUCUUAUAAAGCUGAUCAGAUAGCUAACAGCAUUCUCCGGAGGCUUCUCAGGACCGCCAGAAAUGAGCGGCCAUCAUACCGCCGAAGAAUUUUGAUGGAAUAUCGUUGAUGAAUAAUUAUAUUAAAGUAAAUAGUUUGAAUGGAUGAUGACAUGAUGAUGAUGAUGAUGAUGAUGAUGAUGACGAUGAUAAUCAAGAUGAAAGAAUAGACUGAAUGAAGAAAGGAUAGACGAUGAAAUAAAGUGAUAUUGUUUCCACUUUUGUAAAUGAA